AUGGAGCCGGUUUUAAAGUUCGCUAUAAUUUUUCUCGCUGCCUUUAUCAAUGUGACAUAUGCCAUGCAAAAUCCAAUAAUGCGUGAUAAUUGUAAUUUGGGAGAGCAUCUAACUUGUAAGUUUAGGUUCAUUCACUGUUGGCUGUACGGGUGCGUUUGUCUUCCGAAUCACUCUUACUUGGGACUCGGAUAUGGAUGUCUUCACAUCAGAUACGCUUAAAUAUAAGUUAUGAAAUCUAUAAGCGUUCUUUCAUUCAUAUAUAAUCGUGUGGAUAUGCUUCUCCUAUUUUAUUGCCACAACACAUAUGCAUAAACAUCCUCAACUGUUAAUAAACAUUAAAAAGUGUCCUGUUUUUUGAAGUAACAACUCCUUGGGAGCAGGACAUAAUUCUCAAAAAUGUAAUUUCAACUCGUAAUAAAACGCAUAAGACUUUCAGCUUACAUGCUAAUCACAAACUACUACUUUAUUUGCACUGAAUGGCGGGGAAAGUAUGACUACUUCGCUUUGUCCAGAAAGUCUUUGGCCUCGUUGAUCUUGGCCGCCAAAUAGGGAGAUCCU